AUGUCCUUGGCCACAUUCCAGCAACAGCUCAGUUUCUCGCCCCUGACAACCCGCGUCCCACCCACCGGGGGCUACAGUAAGGUCAAAGUUCUGAUGUGUAAUUACACGUCGGACGAUGCAGGAGGCUCCCAAAUGGCCGACGAUUCCAAUGACCUCAGCCGCCUCUUCAGCGAGCGUUAUGGAUACGAGGUUCACAGCACAACUCUCGUUACCCACUGGGCCGGAGACAGUUCGCCGACCCAGACUCUCCGUCAAAGAAUCGCAAAAACCAGACAAGACAUGGACGAGAAGAGUUUGUUCAUUCUCCACUACGCCGGCCACAGCGACACCUGCUUCUUCCACCCAAGCGGGAACGCGAACCAAGACGCCACGAUCGACUUCGCUGCCAUCGUACACACAUUGCCCAGGAUCGGAGGGCAAAUGCUGUUCCUCCUCCACGGUUGGUACCAGUCUCCUGGGGGACAUACCCUCGGGGUUAACAAGGAGCUUAUCGCGGCCGCGAGUGUCAGUAUGGAAGGAUCCUCAGGCUCCGGCCACCGCACCUUCACCCACACCUUGACCCAGGCCUUGACUAGAGCCGCAGGCGAAGGGACGGCCAUCUCCACGGCUCAGCUCUACGACGUCCUGGUACAGAGCACAUGGGACGUAAGCGUGCGGCAAACGGAACCCAUGCCCUUCUCCAUGCCGCUGCCGAAGGUCACCCAGCACCCCAUCUACCUAGCCCCCCUAAGCUACAGGGAAAUCGUGCCAACCAUGCUCGCGCGGACACCCCGAACACUUGUCAGAUUUAAAGCUCACGUGGAAGCCGAGCAGCUGGAGGGAGUGAGCAGGGCAUACUUGCAAGAGUGGUUCGAGAAGAGAUACCCAUGGACCGCGGGCAUGCUCCAAAGCAAGACGUGCCGGCUAACGGACGGAAGGGGCACAAUCUUCUUCACCGCCACGCCGGAGCUGUCGUAUUGCCUCCGUGAGCACAUAGGAUUCCAUUGGGUCAGAGACAUGUUCCUAGUUGCCUAG